ACCACAGAGGAGAUGGGAAAUGAGUUAGGUAAAAUCGGAACCGUAUUCUCAGACGAGGCUGUGAAAUGUUUGUGACGAGGGCCAUCCAGCCCCCCAGGCCUGCGAGGGUGGGCCCAGUUCACCUGCCACUGCUCAGGACCUGGAGCAAAGACCUUUCCGUUCUGAAAGCAGUCACUAACUCUGGGUACUCAGCUGGGCACAACGCAAGCCUGGUGUCAGCUGCUGGGUGUUGGGACUUUUUAGGCAGCCAAAGUGCCCCCAAAACCCAGGGCAGAUUUGCAAAUGCCACCACGAGAUUGGCAUUUUGGAGACAUCCCCUGCCCUAAGCCCUCCAUCCCGGCAUACCCUGGGGCAUUCUCAGGGUCUACCCUAGCCCUUGGGCAGCAGAAAAGUUUUUGGAGUGACAAUAUGAGAAUGAGAGAUUUCUGGAGGAGAGGUAAGCAGCCGCAGACAGGGGUGUGUGUGUGUUGGUUUGCCAGCCCCCAGCACGCCCGCAUCAUGGCUGAGCUGCACAGCCACCCUGUCACCCUCCUAUUCCCUGCUCUGCUCCUCCCUCUGCAUCAUUUGCUCAAUCCUGCAUCUCUGUCUCACAUAUGCAAAACAGAGCUCAUCAAGCUUGACCUUUUAUGGGUGUUUUGAAGGCAAGGUGCAAUGGGGAAAACCCCCUGAGGAUCUGUCAGUGCCUUUUCGGCUGAUUUUUACCAAAAGAGGUGACUUGCAAUGCUGGUGGUUUUUUUCUGUGCUGCAUUAAAAUUGGUCUGAGACCUGUCAAACUCAUCCUCCUGGGCAUUCGGCACAUCAUACAGAGGCCACAGCUUACAGUUCUCAGCCUAAAGGCAACGUGGGGUCCCCAGAGAAGACAAAAUCCCCGUCACUCGCUCUUCUGAGCUGUGAUCCACUCUGUUCAGCAAGGCUUUUCUGGGCUAAAAUUAGACUAAAAUCACAGUCCUUGCUCCAGCAUCACCAGUCCUUUAGCGGCUACAUUAAUGAAACACUGGGCACUGGUUUCACUGCCUUGGCAGGACAGUGAAGUCAUAGCCUUGCUGCUAACAGCUUGGCCAUUGCCUGGCAAUUGCCCGCCAUGUGUGGGUUUGGAGCAGAAGACACCGCAUCACCUUCUGCAGGUUUCCAGCAGCUCUCUCCCAUACUAGCUGAGUAUCCUUGUAUAGGAAAAAGGACUAGAGCUACUGAGCUGUAUGCUAGCCUCACCUCAGUGCCUCUGAUCACCUGCCAGCUUCCUAGAACUGAGCAGUAUUCCAGACUUGCAUUCUCCUAUCUGCCAGUCCAGUCUGGUGUGCCUAAAUCUCUUGGAUCCCUCAGGAAAUCCCUAGAUCAAAGAGGCUGCACAGACCCCAUGGAGGAAGCUUUGAGCUUGCUGCUGUCACGCACCAGCUCCUGCAGAGCUGCGCAGCUGCCAGAUCUGGGGUGAUGAAACCAGCCACCCUCCUGCUGACAUUUCCUUUCCAGGUGUCGCAAGAGGUCUGUCUUAGACACCUCCGCAGGGAACAUCGGCCCACAGCCUUCAAGCUCAGGAUUAAACAGACAGAGGAGGGGAAGGAACCAUGUUCCAGGCCACGGAACCUGCCAGCCCACCCCCAACUCAUGAGGCAAAGAACAACUCAGGAGGCAGCACAGUGCAGCGCUCCAAGUCCUUCAGCCUGAAGGCACAAGUGAAGGAGAUGUGCGCUGCCUGCCAGAAAACCGUCUAUCCCAUGGAGCGGCUGGUGGCAGAUAAAUUCGUCUUCCACAAUGCCUGCUUCUGCUGCAAGCACUGCCACACCAAGCUCAGCCUGGGCAGCUACGCGGCGCUCCACGGGGAAUUCUACUGCAAGCCCCACUUCCAGCAGCUCUUCAAGAGUAAAGGCAACUACGACGAGGGCUUUGGGCGCAAGCAGCACAAGGAGCUGUGGGUGCACAAGGAGGUGGAGAGCGGGACCAAGUCGGCGUGAGUGGGGCCAGCCCACCCUUCCCUGGAGUCCAGCAGAAAUGGCACAGAGCAGUUGCUGAGCCGGGGGCUAACUGAGCUGAUGUAAAGCAAAGGGGACCCAAGGGCCUGUGGGUGGUAAGGGAAGGGAGGCAGCCCAGCCCACUUUGGAGGAUGCUUAGAGGGGUCCUACAGGCCAUAAGGACAGGGCAGAGGUGACCCAGGUACAGCCCCCAGACCUGAAGCUCGUUCUCUGCAGGACCUUCUCCCUGAUGAGAUCAGACCAGAAGCACUUGCCUCCAUGGGAACCCCAGCCCUAUUAGUAUGUUUCAGGCCUGCCACCAUGGAAAAGGAGAUGAUCUGGGGGCUUUACCUAGCCUAUAAGUCACAGCAGAGCUCCCAGAUUCUGCCACACCAAUCCUGACUUGCUGGGGCUCCAAAUAAGCAUGGUCCUUGGUUUACAUCAGCUCAGUUCAGCUGGGAUUGUUCAGCCUUAAGGAUGUCGCCCUGAGACUGUUUAACAGCGUCUGUCUUUUUUAUAUUUGCCUUUGACUGGUACGUUUUGCGCUGGAGCCUGGCAUGGCAGCUUCACGUGUGACACUGCACCAUGCGCUCUUUUAUUUUUGUAAUACAAGGUUUCCGAGCCUUCCCUGUCUUGUCCUGUGUUCCCAGGGGUCUGGGGAGGUGACAGUAGCAGUCAGGUCUGCCUCUAACUGCCCAGCUACUGUGGAAAGAGCCUCUGGCCAUGCAGGAUCAGGAAAGCAUUCUGGAUAUGUGUGUGUAAUGUUAUGACUGAGGUAGACUGGGGAUCCCCUCUGGGGAUUGAACCCAUGAUUUCAAAUUGCAAACCAGUGUUUACUACCCUGUAAGCUACACACCCCAGCUGUAAGCACACACCACCUUCCGCAGGGAGCCUAGAGUACCCUCAAAUGGAAUUCACCAUUCUGUGAAUUAGAUCCACCCCUUUGCCCUGCAUACAUUUUGUGGCUUACUUGCUUCCCCUUCCAUAUCAAUAAACAUUGUGCCCUGCUUCCGCAAGCAGACACUGGCUCAGUUCACUCUGCAGCCAGUGCAAUGGGCAGGACAAGCAUCAGAGCUGGGCUGACUGGUGCAAUACAAGGUCUGGUUUGGAUCAACCCCAUCUGCUGAGCUGUGGUGUUUGGACAGCAUAGUCCAUACAAAUGAAUGAGCCCAACAAGACCUGCCAGGCUGGAAAGCCUAAUGCAGUGAAACCAGGGAAAGCAGGUGGGUCUGUUUUUAAUUAUUAUUAACCUCCUUCCUCCACGCGUGAUUUGUAAGACUAACUUGAAAGAAUAAGCAUUCAGGAACCCCAUGUCUUUCAAAUGCUACAGGAAUUAGGCUUUUCAGAGCCCGCGCAGCAGAGCAACAGCCUUUGAUAACGUUCAACAAGAGCACCUAGUCCAUCAUUGACUGAUAACAUCAACUCCCGCUGAGUGCGUCCUGUCUGGGAGAAUCCAGACACAGACAUGAAAAUAUGAGCUAAGGAUUGAAGAGGGAAAAAGAUGGGUAUGGGUAGUCAACAGGAGUCCCAGGAGGAACAGAUGGUACAUAUAGAGAUGUGUUCUUAACGCAGGUCACCGUGGUGCUCCUCCCUCAGUACAAGUCCUUCUGAGGCUCUGGGUGUGCACCAACAGCCAGGCAGCAUCUCUGCAGCUCUCCUUCACUGGCAAAGCUGGCUGCAGUCAAACCUGAUCUCAGGGAAGAUACGUGUUGGAUGACCCCAGGAGCCUGAUGUCCUUCCUAUUGGACAAGUUAUUUCUCCCUUUUAGUUAAGGGCUUUUUAAAGGACAGGUCUGUCAGCCCUUUUGGGUGGGGACUGCCUGGGGUUUUACACUGCCAGCACAGCACAGACUGCAUACAGAGACCCUGACAAGGCUCCAAGUGAGUUUCAGCCUCACCAAGUGCUUUAACUGUCCCCAUCAUGCAGGUGCUGCAGACUCCUCCUCACACCAACACCCAGGGAACAGAUUUACACCAUGAUACAAGCUGCUUCUUGAGCAGCCCUGCAGCAUUCAUUGUCAUAGAACAGUAUCCAAGCGGUCGUUGCUUUGCGGCGAGGGUCUUGGAAUGCUGUUUGGGUUGCGGCCUCUUCCUUCCUAAGGUUGGCUUAGAAAAUGAAAACAGACUUCUCUGUUUCGCUUCUGGCUUCUUGCUGGCCUCACUUCCCGAUUCCCUUGCAUUGUCAGGCUGCUGCUCUUUUCUGCACAGCAGGGCAAUCAGAUACAAAGCAUUUUUAACUGUACCAGAUGAUUAUGGGGUAGGGG